AUGUCCGCCGCCGCCCCCGGCUGGGGCCAACCACUCGCGACAAAAUCGCCAGCUUCUCGGCGGUCAUUAGGUCAUUUUCGAUCUCUCUCCUCCAUCGCAGCGACCCCUAGCUACCACCCUCGAACACCUUCGCUCACUCCCGACCACACCCCGAUCAAAUCUUCGUCCUCGACACAUCUACCGAUUGUCUCACCGAACCCGCCUACAGAUUUUGGAGAUGAGAUGAGCACAAUACCUGAUCCUCGAAGUCGUGCAAUGAGCCCUGCCGAUGACAGCGGUGUCGCGACUCCCAGUCAUCACCCCGAUCUGAAUGACGAAGUCGCCACCCUCAGUAAUAAGCUCAUCAACGCCAUUAAUCACCAAACCAUCCUGGACGACUCUUUAUCCGCCGCUCGCCACGAACUUGAUGCCGCUCGGGAACGAAUUCGCAUGCUCGAGACUCAAAAUGCCUCACAACGCGAAAUGUUGGCUGGUGAUGUAUGGGUUCGCAAGCACACCGUUGAGGACGAAAAGAAGGUUUGGCAGGCCAAGGUUGCCGCGGAACGUCAAAAGCGAAUUGACACAGAAAUGGAAAAGAAGAAGAUUGAGCAGGAGCUCGAGAAUCUUACAGCCGCAUUGUUCGAGGAAGCAAACAAGAUGGUGAUUGCUGCCAAGGAAGAGGCCAAGGCUGAUCAUGAGGCUCUUCAACGCAAGAAUGACCAGCUCAAGUCUCAACUUGCCGAUACUGAGAGCAUUCUAAAGUCUCAACAGGAGCAACUCGUCGAGCUCAAGCACGUUAUGGAACACAUGGCUUCGGAACGAGGAGAUCAUAAUAAUCCCACUGCUCCCUCUUCUCCCGGCUUGACGAAACCUGAUACUCGUGACGAUCUUCGAUCUUCAACUGAGGAGCCUGCUGCUUCACUCUGGACCGCUCCCGUCGAGCCUGCUCAUCCGACCAGCUUCUCGCAUCUUCUCCAACCCGUUCUGCGAACCGAUUUGUCGUCUUAUGACGAUUUUCUUAUACUCGCACGGACUUCUCGAAAUCGCCCUGGCAGCCGCGUUUCUUCAGGUUCUGUCGGUGCUCUGAAUGCUCUAACUGGCUUUGGACUUGGUGGUUCGAUAUCGAGCGCCCAUCCCUCCAACGCCUCAACUACCUCACUUGGCACACCUAUCGCGGGGGCCGGAAGUGCACCCCAGUCUCCCAACACACCGGCCUCAACCGUCAGCGCUGCUUCAAAUGCAUCAGCCACCCCUCUGCCAAGCUUGAAGGAAACAAAGUUUUACAAGCGAGUUUUAGCUGAAGAUAUCGAACCUACACUUCGUCUAGAUAUGGCUCCAGGCUUGUCAUGGCUGGCUCGUCGAUCCGUCAUCGCCGCCAUCGCUGACGGAUCUCUGGUGGUUGAGCCUGUACCAACCACUGGCAGUCUUGUGGCACUGACAAAGCCGCAAUUUUACCCAUGUGCACUCUGCGGUGAUUCACGCAAGGACCCUCAGUAUUUACGAAACCAUCGAUUCAGAACGAGUGAGACUGAUUCCGCUCAAAGGCAUCCGUUGUGCAAGUACUGCCUGACUCGUGUGCGGUCGACUUGUGACUUCUUGGGCUUCUUGCGUAUGGUUAAGGAUGGUCAUUGGCGAGCGGACAAUGAGGAUCACGAGAAGGCUGCCUGGGAGGAGAGUGUACGACUGAGGGAGCAGAUGUUCUGGUCUCGGAUUGGAGGUGGUGUUAUUCCAUGCAUCCCGGCGCCUCUCUCUGUCGACAUAGAAAAGAGCCCGCGUAACAGCCAUGACGGCAGUGUGAGGUCUGACCAUCUCGAAGUUCCUGGCUUUCAAACACCACAGAUGACAAUAGAACGGACACGAAGCGAUACAACCAAGAGUGGCCCGAUCGAGGAGCCACACACACCUCCUAUGCAAACUGAUGGAGCUAGGAGCGUGCGCAGCUCCGUCCAGAGUCUCGAUGUGAAGAGCAACUCUGGUUCGGAAGAAACGAAGCGUCUAUCUAUCACGAUUCCGACUACGGAUUAA